AUGGCGAAUCAGUCGCGCCUAGCGUCCCUCCAGAGAACAAUGGCUAAGCUAAUACCCAUAACAAUGGUAUCUGACGCGUUUCGCACGCACGAACAAUCCGACAGUGUAACCCUAGCUUUAGUUCGAUUUACCGUGAUGCGUGAGGUAUCAAAAUGCGGCAGAGUAUUUCGAUUGUUUUUUGUUGAAGGUCGCUUCUUAAGAGAGAUAAAUAUCAUGUUAUUAUUUCUAUCUCUCUCGAUUGAUUCCGAGAAUCUAAUAUCCUUCACAAGUCAACCGCAACUAGCAACAGUUUCCAACUCCAUCGACUGA